GGCAGAGUAAUCUGUCCAGAACCUGGUGAGCUGUUGGCAGGAGAGUCGGAGCACACAGAGACAGCGCAGAGUCUCUCGAAAUCCCUGCUGAAGCAGCUGCAGACAUGGGACGCCAAGAGGGUGACUACGCAUGGAAGAAGACCACUGAAAACAUCCAGGAGAUCUUUGACUUCAUAGAAGAGUUGGGAUCGGGGGCGUUUGCAGAAGUUUUCAUGGUGAGAGAAAGGAAAACGGGAAAGACUUUUGCCAUGAAGUGUGUGAAGAAGAAGAAGAAGAGGGACAUCAACCUGGAGAAUGAGAUCACAGUGCUAAGAAGAAUCAAACAUGAGAACGUUGUGGGGAUGGAGGGUUUCUAUGAAAGUCGGACUCAUUACUAUCUGAUCAUGCAGCUUGUUUCAGGCGGAGAGCUCUUUGACCGGAUCCUGGACCGAGGGGUGUACUCAGAGAAGGAUGCCAGCAGGGUGAUCCAGCAGGUGCUGCAGGCCGUCAGCUACCUGCACCAGAGCGGCGUUGUGCAUCGGGACCUCAAGCCGGAGAACAUCCUGUACUACAGCCAAGACGAUGACUCUAAGAUCAUGAUCAGUGACUUCGGCCUGUCGAAGAUGGCCGAAAACGGCAUCAUGUCGACAGCCUGUGGCACCCCAGGCUACGUAGCUCCUGAAGUUUUGGCCCAGAAGCCUUACAGCAAGGCAGUGGACUGCUGGUCUAUUGGUGUUAUUACCUACAUCUUACUCUGUGGAUACCCCCCCUUUUAUGAAGAGACCGAGACAAGACUGUUUUCCAAAAUCAUGAAGGCCCAGUAUGAGUUUGACUCGCCCUUCUGGGAUGACAUAUCUGAAUCUGCAAAGGAUUUUAUCCGUAACAUGAUGCAGAAGAAUCCUAGCAUGCGCUAUACGACAGAGCAGGCGCUCCGACAUCCAUGGAUUAUUGGAAAGACAGCGAGGAGCCAGGACAUCUAUUAUUCUGUCAGCGCUCAAAUCCAGAAGAACUUUGCCCAGUCCAGGUGGAAGCAAGCCUAUAAUGCUGCUGUAGCCAUCAACCACAUGAAGAAGCUGCAGCUGGCCCACUCGGAGCUGAUCCAGAGGCAGGCCAGCGUCCCCGACAUCAGAGUGAUCGAUGUGUCCUCACCAACAAAGACCCGCAGACAUGUCGAUCUGGACAAGCUGGAAGCCGAGGCGGCGGAUGUCAAUGGGAACAUUGAGACGCAUCACAUGUCUCUACCCCUGAGCCACGUAGACCUGAAGAACCACCUCCACCCACUGAAGGCCACUCAGAGUCAUGGGGUUGCACACCACCCCCACAUUACAGCUGAGCAGGGGAAACACAUCUACCACUCAGAGCCAGCCAACCUGAACGGGUACGCUAAAAACGGGACCGCUUUGCAAACUGGAGUUUGCUCCAUCAUGUAACUGCUGCAUGGAGUUUCAUGGAAUAAAGCUUUUCAUGGUCACUUCUGCUGUUUGGACUCAGCAUGAAGCUGUUUUGUGUCAGCAGCUCCUCUGGGCUCAGAGUGGGAGGUGUGGGAGCCUCCGGUGGACCCAGGUGGUCUGCAUGCUUCACAGUCGGGGGAUUUUAUUUCAGAGUGCCAAUGAAACUUCCUAUGAAGCAAGCACACUUACUGAACUUUAAGAUGUUUAAAGCUCCAGUUCAACAUGAUUCAUUUAGAAGGUGGGGGUCAGUUGCCCACUUACCUUCUCUUAUACGUGAUGAUCAUAAAGUCAAGCUGGUUUUGUAAAUUAAUUACAGCGUAAUUAAUGCUGGCGUCAUUUAAUGUGCAUAU